GGAGGAAGAGAAAGAGGAGGAGGAGGGGGGGGGGGGGGGAGGGGGGGAGGUGGCGGAGGGAGGGAGCAAUUGAAUUUCAAACACAAACAACCGCAUGGGGCACGGACCCACCGCCGCCGCGCCGCGCCGCUCCUAGCACCGCGGGCCGGGGCCGCCGCCGCCCCCCGCCCCGGGCUCAGCGCCGGGCCCGCCGCGCUGGGGGGCAGGAGAACCCGCUGGUUCCCCUCCUUCCCCCCCCCCAGCCCCCCCCCCUUUUUUUUUUUUAAUUUUUUUUUAAUUAUUUUCUAUAUAUAUAUAUAUUUUUUUUUUUUUUUGCUAAUCGCUGCCUCGCUGGGGUUUGCCUUCUAAACUUCAACCUUAACCCCCCCCUCUUCCCUUCUUUCCCCUCUCCCCUAUCUUCCCCCCCCCGCCCCCCCCCCCCCCCCCCCCCCCCCCUCCGGUCCCGGGAGGAGCCGCCAGCAAAGAUGUCCCGGUCCAACCGGCAGAAGGAAUACAAAUGCGGGGACCUGGUCUUUGCCAAGAUGAAGGGUUACCCGCACUGGCCUGCCCGGAUUGACGAGAUGCCGGAAGCUGCAGUAAAAUCUUCCUCCAAUAAAUACCAAGUCUUCUUCUUUGGGACCCACGAAACGGCAUUCCUGGGGCCCAAAGACCUCUUCCCUUAUGAAGAAUGCAAGGAGAAGUUCGGGAAACCCAACAAACGGAAAGGGUUCAGCGAAGGUUUGUGGGAGAUUGAGAACAACCCCACCGUCAAAGCCUCCGGCUACCAGCCCACCCAGAAGAAGACCUGCCCUGAGGACGCCGAGCCGGAGCGGGAGCCCGAGGGCGACGGGGAGAAGAAGGGCAACGCGGAGGGCAGCAGCGACGAGGAGGGGAAAUUGGUGAUCGAUGAGCAGUCCAAGGAGAAGAAUGAGAAAGCCGGGAUCAAGAGGAAAGCAGAAGAUGCUUUGGAGGUAAGGGGGGUAACGGGGAUGCGGGUGAGGCGGGGGGGGUCCGGGGCUGGGCUGAGCCGAGCUCCCCCCGCCCAGGAUUCCCCCAAACGCACCAAGGAGGUGGAGGGGCAGGAAGGGGAGAAGAAAGUAGACAAUGAAGAGGCCCCCAAGGAGGAGCCGAAACCCAACCUGGCCGAGGGGGAAAAGGAGAAGAACAGCGACGCCGCCGGCGUGCUGGACGCCAACGAAGCCAAGCAGGAGAGCAAGGAGAAAGCGGGCGCGGAGGAGGUCAGAGACCAUAAGGAGAGCCUGUAGCGGUCUCCCCGGCGAGCUGAUCUUCCCGCCUGCCCCAUCCCCGCUGGGCUCCCCGGGUGCUGACCCUCGUCGGCUCGUCGCGUCCGCAGCUCCGGACAAGAGAAACAAACCGAAAAUGGAAUUUAAACAAAACAAAACAAAAAAACACACACACACACACAAAUAAAAAAAAAAAAAAAAAAAAGAAAAAUAAAAGAAAAAAAAAAAAAAAGAGAAAUGAAGAGAAACCCGGUAACACGAACCCCUGAACCGACCCGCAUCUCCCGGCCCCGCCGUCGCGGGGCGCAUGCUUUGUAUUAGUGAUUUCUAGGGGGCUGAUCAGUUGAUUUGAAAUAAAAGCGAUUCAUGCCUUUUUAAA